AUGAGGUCUUCUACAGAUCUUCCUUUACGCAUCUUGACGAAUAAUAUUCGUUAUGCCACGAAGUCGCCAUUUAAGGGAGAGAAACCAUGGGAAGAGCGCAGGCAGCCCCUCCUAAAUCAGCUGCUGUAUAACACCCGCAAUCAAGACGCUUUCAUCUGCCUACAAGAGGUUCUUCAUGACCAGCUCAUCGACAUACACUCCGGACUGAACCGUGAACACUCCGCAGCCUCCGCUGAAGCAGGAGAAGAUGCCUGGGCGUAUAUCGGGGUCGGGCGAGAUGAUGGCCAUGAAGCUGGCGAAUACUCACCCAUCUUCUACCGACCGUCGGUCUGGCAGCUCCGACAUUGGGAAACAGUCUGGUUGUCUGAAACGCCGCAUGUCCCCUCAAAAAGCUGGGAUGCAGCAUCCAUCCGCAUCGUUACUAUUGGUGUUUUCACACACCAUACAAGUCGACAGACUAUUCUGGCGAUGAACACCCAUUUGGACGACCAAGGAUCCCGGUCUCGCUUUGAAGCAGCCCACAUCAUCCUUCGGAAGAUUGAUGAGUACGAGAGUGGAGAGCACAAAGAUGUCAUUUCUGCAGUGUUCCUGACAGGUGACUUGAACAGCGAGGAGACACAAGAGGCCUACUCGGUAUUAACAGGGAAUGAAUCUACUCUGAUUGACGCGGCAAAAGCGGUCGAUCCGGUGGAACACUACGUCAAACAGUGCCAAUGGCUCAGCAGCAAGCAAAAAACGAUCACGUGGCGGCUCCGCCAUUCAUCCUUCCUCGUCAGCUGA